AUGCGGCAUCCAUGCACGCUAAUUCAACAACAAAUCAUCUGUUUUAGAAUACUCUGGCAUCUGAAAACACAACCGCCGCUCCCUUCAUCUAUAUUUUUCUUUCUCCAUCUCGCGCUGUCUAACGUUUUUGACGGCGUCAAGUUUCUACGGCAACCUGUAACCUCCAAUACACUUUUGUUGUAUCACCAGGAUUAUCAACCAUUCAUUGGAAAAGUUUACCAGUUUUUGCUCCCCUGUGCAGCCCUAUUCUGUCAGAAAUUUCUCAGUAAAUAUCUUAAAACUGAGAACACAAUCUCUGGUAUUAGUGAUACCGGAGGCUGGAGUGACCGACCAGUUAUUCACACCGUGGAGAGUAUCGCUAAUUUCGGCUUCGGGUACAGGAAGAGCACAUUUGGAAUUCUAUGCAUUUUACUUGGCUCUUUGAGUACAUGCGAAUCAGUCGGCCAGGUUCGAGCGAAACCCAUGAGUCUAGGCAAUAUUCGACCUUAUUCUUCACAGACUCACCAACGAAGUAAACCCCCAAGAGUGUUCAUGCCACCCCUGGAUUUGGGGUUCCGCGGGCAAACACCAUCCUCUGAUCGUGGUGUACCGCUGAGAAGACCUCAUUCGCAAAACUACCAGUCAGAUCAAUCAGCAUCUAACAAUUGGUACGUGGAUCGCGUACAACACGCGUCUGAAUACAAAGUGCCAACCGAAGAGGCAAAGUCCCAAUAUUCGAAGUGGAGGCAGCCGAAUGGAAAUAAUCAAGAUCAUUCAGGAAAUUAUUAUAACCUCAUGGGAGCACCUCCGCCUCAGUCACGUUUCUCGCACUACUAUUAUGAUAGCCACGGGCAGGACAGUCUGGCAGUUGAAGAGCAGUAUGCUGACGCAAGUUACAACUCCCCAAGCGGUCGAAUUCAUGCACAUGUUAAACCUUCCCAGCCUCAUAGUGGAUACGUCUCCCAUGACCUACUACGUGUAAAUCCUUCCAGAUAUGAGCCACAAGCAUCCCGGCAAAUGCAGUCUUUUCGUCCCCCAGAUCUUCGAUCCCACCGAGUUUCGUAUGAGAACCAGGGGCAACCUAUGAGUAACGACAGGUUCCCUUGGUAUGGAUCGUACCCACAUGAUUUGAAUGGUCCCUGGAACGUAAACCCGUACCCACAAGGAUGGCAGAAUAAUCCUACGGUCGAAGAGCAGGUACCUUACGCUUAUCAUCGUAGUGAUGUUAGUCCUAAUGCUGUUGGUCAUCCAUCUAACUACCAACCAAUUACGGAGGAUGAAGUGUCUGUUCGGCUGAAGGAAUAUCGUGAGGAGGAGAGGAGACUGGCACAGUUGAACAUACCUACACUACCACCGAUUUCCGAAGAACAGUAUUCCCAGAGGAACACCCAAGAAACUAGAACUCUCCGUCAUGAUAAUGGUUUUCUACUUGUGGGAAACGCAAAGCAUGAUCAAGUUGUGCAGAAUUUUCGACGGUUGGCGAGUGGAUGGACGCUUCCUGCAGUGGAGGCGCUUUUUGAUGAAAUUGACACCAAUCGUGACGGCGUCAUCAAGGUGGAUGAGCUAAGGAACUUCCUCUGGCUUCACGAAGUCCUUGUCCCGGGCUAG